AUGAUCGCCCUGGACCCUGCUACGGUGGACAAGGCCUCCAUGUACGCCUUCAUCAUCUCUGCUGUCGUGCCGCGCCCCGUCGCGUUCGUGUCGAGCGUCAGCGGCAGCAGCGGCGUCAACCUGUCCCCGUACAGCUACUUCAACGUGAUGGGGCACAACCCCCCGACCGUGGCGAUUGGCAUGUGCCGCAGCCCGUCCCGUGGGGGCGGGAAAAAGGACUCGCUGCUCAACAUAGAGGAGACAGGGUGA